AUGCCUUCGGAACAAGGUCACAGGCUCUAUGUCAAGGGACGCCACCUGAGCUACCAGCGUGGAAAGCGCAACACCAACCCCAACACGAGUCUGAUCAAGAUUGAGGGUGUUGACGACGUCAGCGCUGCCAACUUCUACCUUGGCAAGAAGGUCGCUUUCGUUUACCGCGCGAAGAGGGAGGUCCAGGGCUCCAAGAUCCGCGUUAUCUGGGGCAAAGUCACCCGACCACAUGGAAACUCCGGCGUCGUCCGCGCUCAGUUCCGACACAACCUCCCACCUCAGUCCUUCGGUGCCACCGUCCGUGUCAUGCUUUACCCAUCAAACAUCUAA